AGAGGUUCUCUGUCGUGCCGUCCUGUGUCUCUGUCUCCCCCUCCUGUCCUCAGCACCAGCCUGCGUUUCCCUCUAUUAUUUUCCACUCAGUUUCUCGCAGUUUAAAAUGGCGGCGUUGAGCAGCGCCGAGUCCCCACCGCCCGUCUUUAACGGAGAAACCACGGAGCGGGAGCCGGGCAGGGAGCGGGGCCUGGAGGAGCUGGGCGCCGGGCUAGACCGCUCCUGCUCGUCGGGGAUCCCUGGAGGUCCGCAGGAUGAGGAGAUCUGGAACAUCAAACAGAUGAUAAAGCUGACACAAGAACAUUUAGAGGCUCUUCUGGACAAGUUUGGGGGAGAACACAAUCCUCCCUCCAUAUAUCUAGAGGCCUAUGAGGAGUACACCAGUAAACUAGACGCUCUGCAACAGAGGGAGCAGCAGCUGCUGGAGGCUAUGGGCAACGGUGCAGACUUCUCCUGUUCUCCGUCUCCUGUGCCAGCUCUUCUGGAGGUCAAGAUGGGAGGAUGUGGGAUAGGAGGUGGGACUCAGACCUUUCCCUCUGCCCCCAACACCUUGGCUGUCCUGCAGACCCCCAUCGACGCCAGCCGAGCCAACCCUCGCUCCCCUCAGAAGCCCAUCGUCAGGGUCUUCCUGCCUAACAAACAGAGAACCGUGGUCCCGGCUCGCUGUGGGAUGACUGUGAGAGACUCCCUAAAGAAAGCUCUGAUGAUGCGAGGACUCAUUCCAGAGUGCUGUGCGGUAUACAGGAUACAGGAUGGAGAGAAGAAGCCUAUUGGCUGGGACACGGAUAUUUCCUGGCUAACAGGAGAGGAGUUGCAUGUAGAAGUGUUGGAGAAUGUGCCGCUUACCACACACAACUUUGUGAGGAAGACGUUCUUCACACUGGCCUUCUGUGACUUCUGCAGGAAGCUGUUGUUCCAGGGUUUCCGCUGUCAGACCUGUGGCUACAAGUUCCACCAGCGCUGCAGCACUGAAGUUCCACUCAUGUGUGUCAACUACGACCAGCUAGACUUGUUGCUAGUGUCCAAGUUCUUUGAGCAUCACCCAUUCACCCAGGAGGAGGUGUCCUCAGAGGGAACCACACCUGUGUCUGAGGCCUGUCCGUCACUCCCUCCAUCUGACUCCACCGGGUCCAUAUGCCACACCACUGUGUCCCCAUCCAAGUCCAUACCCAUCCCGCCCAGCUUCCGUCCCAAUGAGGAGGACCACCGCAACCAGUUUGGCCAGAGGGACCGUUCGUCCUCCGCCCCCAAUGUCCAUAUCAACACCAUUGAACCUGUCAAUAUCGAUGACCUGAUUCGAGAUCAGGGCUUGCCGAGGUCAGAUGGAGCCCCCCCGACCCACCCCGCCCGCUGCUUGAGGAAGCACCGGACACGGACCUCAAGCCCCCUCCUAUACUCCUACCCCAAUGACAUAGUGUUUGAUUUUGAGCCCGAACCUGUUUUCCGAGGCUCCACCACAGGCCUGUCAGCCACGCCUCCUGCCUCUCUGCCUGGCUCUCUGACCAGUGUCAAGGUCCCACAGAAGUCACCAUGCCAACAGAGGGAACGCAAGUCGUCCUCCUCAUCCGAGGACCGCAAUAAGAUGAAAACUCUGGGGAGAAGGGACUCCAGUGAUGACUGGGAAAUCCCAGAGGGACAGAUCACCCUGGGUCAGAGGAUAGGCUCUGGAUCCUUUGGAACUGUCUUCAAGGGCAAGUGGCAUGGUGAUGUGGCAGUGAAGAUGCUGAAUGUCACUGCUCCCACGCCGCAGCAGCUUCAGGCUUUCAAGAAUGAAGUUGGAGUCCUCAGGAAAACGCGUCACGUAAACAUCCUGCUCUUCAUGGGCUACACCACCAAGCCCCAGCUGGCCAUUGUAACCCAGUGGUGUGAAGGCUCCAGUCUAUACCACCACCUGCACAUCAUUGAGACCAAGUUUGAGAUGAUCAAGUUGAUUGACAUCGCCCGGCAGACUGCUCAGGGCAUGGAUUACCUGCAUGCCAAGUCCAUCAUCCACAGAGAUCUGAAAAGCAACAAUAUUUUCCUCCACGAGGAUCUGACGGUGAAGAUCGGUGACUUUGGUCUGGCCACAGUCAAGUCCCGCUGGAGUGGCUCCCACCAAUUUGAGCAACUGUCUGGUUCUAUACUAUGGAUGGCUCCAGAGGUGAUCCGGCUGCAGGACAAGAAUCCCUACAGCUUCCAGUCAGACGUCUACGCUUUCGGCAUUGUGCUGUAUGAGCUAAUGUCAGGAGCCCUGCCCUACUCUAACAUCAACAACAGAGACCAGAUCAUAUUCAUGGUGGGUCGAGGAUACCUGUCUCCUGACCUCAGUAAGGUGCGCAGCAAUUGUCCAAAGGCCAUGAAGAGACUGAUGGCUGACUGCCUGAAGAAGAAGAGAGAAGAGCGGCCUCUCUUCCCUCAGAUCUUGGCAUCCAUUGAGCUGCUUGCUCGCUCAUUACCCAAAAUCCACCGCAGCGCCUCAGAGCCGUCAUUAAACCGAGCCGGCUUUCAGACAGAGGACUUCAGCUUGUACGCCUGCGCUUCACCUAAAACCCCUAUUCAAGCUGGGGGUUAUGGAGAGUUUUCAGCGUUUAAGUAAGCGCUGCGGAUCCCACCAAUCCAUCCCUCGUCACUUCUCAAAAGUCUUGUUUCCCUACGGUGGAUUCAUUCAUUACUGAAAACAAACUGAAAAAUUAGUCUUGAAGAAUGUGCUGUUUUCUUCCUCUGUCACCCUGAAGACGGCGGCCUCACUGGAGUCCUUCCAACAACGAGCUAUCCAGGCUAACGGAAACAGAGAAACUGAAUUAGGAACAAGUACAAAACAAACAAAAAAACUUGAUUUAAACUGAAAAGUAAGAAGAAAAGCUAAAUAAAACAAAAACCAAAACAAGACUCAAAGACAUCCACACCAAUACGGCUUUGAGGAGAGGGUCAGUUCCAUGGAUGGACUUCCCUGCUGGAAGGAUAAAGCACCUGGAGGUGAAGGGAGGAGCCGAAGCUUUGAGUGCAUCUGGUCCUGUCAUUUUCUGUCUGGAUAACGACAGAGGCUGGGAUAUCGGCAAGACGUUGAGCUGGACUUGGAGCGAUGGCAGAACGGGGCAUGUGGAAGGACCGCAGGCCUCACAUCCGUCAGCUGAUUGAAGGCCAGGCAUCGGCCAUCCCCGAGAUGAGCUGGAGGCCACUCACUGGGGGUUACCCAAUGGAAGAUGACUUGAAAGAUAGAUCUAUUUUUAUUUUUUCAUUUGUUUCUCAUGUUUCAGAUUUUAGCUAGCAGUUGCUGGGAAUGCUAAGCUUUUUGUCCUCUGCAUCUUUUUCAAGAGAUGGUAGACAUCUUAGAAGGCGGCUUUCCUCCCGGUCCAGCAGCGCAGGCCUUUGCUCUUUUGGCCUUUUUUGGCUUACUGUGGACCCAAGUCUUCAGAAUACUGCAUUUUGCCCUCUUGUUUGCCACCAACAAAUUUGAAGCCUGUGAUUAAAGAGAAAAGAAACUCUUUAUCUGCCAACACAAUUUUCUCUACCUUUUCAAAAUCGUUCAGACUCUCACGUCAAAGCAGGAGAAGCAGUUCUUUUCAGAGAUUUCUGUUGGAAAAGUCUACUUUUGUACCAACAACAGAAGCUGUUCUUUGGGAGAAGAAAAUGUUCAUUUUUUGGGUGAGGGAAUCCACAUCAGAGGGAUUUUUAAUUACAUCUGAGGAGCCUGUUCUUCACCUCUAGUGAGCUUUCACACUUCAUCUUUGAAAAUAUUUCACCUUUAUGCACAGCUGAGAGUGUGUACAGUACUUGUGGCUUCUCUGAGCUUCCAAGAUGUUACACAGCAUUUUUGGCUUUUCCUUUGCUUCCCAUGCUUCUCCCAGAUUUUUUUGACACUAAGUGCAUGUCGUUUUACUUUUUUGGAUCAUAUUGCUUUCUUGUUGCACUCAGCUAAACGUGGCGAUGGUUCUUGUUGCAGCUGCUGAUGAACGGGCUGCAGCAGGGGACCUUCUGAAGAGUUCUGUCACGAAAUGUUAUCUCAAUCACACCUUUUACUUUCUCUAUACACAUGCAUUUGUACUUUUUUCAUUCCAGCGUGUGUUAAGGGUUGUAGGUUCUAUCACAAGUUUUUUUUUUUGUUAUCAUUGUCAUUUGCCUUUUUCUGUACAGGCAGGCCUGCAGAUAUUUACUUAUUUAUGUGAAUAUAUUUUGUUAGUUUUAUGGAUUUUUUUUUUCCAGAAAUGCUUUAUUUGAAGCUGUCGGUCUUUCUUUUGAUGCUUGUUAUUGUCUUUGUGACUCGUGUACUUGCACUUUGUAGAGAUGGAUUGAAGCAAAUGAGCGACUUGCCUUUCCUUUUUUUAUUGAAGAAUAAAUCGUGACGUACAGAGCAGGUGACUCAAAGUUCAGCUUCCAGUGAAAGGAGGGCUGGAUUUCACUGGGGAGGCUCAGUUCUCAUCUGAGGACGGCCUGUGCUAAAGUCUCCAGCAGCAGAUGUGUCACCAUGCCUACAGUGGUGAGAGCUGAGCGAGUGAGAGUGCUGACCUGGUGCUUGCAGGUACAGCGUCCAUCCAGACACUGACAGACUGUCCCUCACAUUCAUCAUUGUGAUCAUGUAUGCGUUUCCAUCAUGAACCCAGGCAACCCCAUCCACAGCAACUUGUUAGCUUGCAGAUCUGUCCCGACUUUGUACAGCUAGGAUAGAGGCCUGACUGCAGCAUGUUAUGCUAGCUUGAUGCAGCCCUGACUAUGGAUGCUAAUGUACCACAGCCCUCAAUGGCCACCUCCUCUAAUGUAGACAUUGUAGUGACUGAAAGCCUUCUGAAAUGCGCUAGAAGAAACAUGUUGACAAUACAAACUGGUUGGAAAUUUUAAUAGCAGAUUAAAUGUUGGGAAAAAGCACAUUGGAUAGGUGCAAACAUUGGUUUUCUAAAGAAAGGUGAGUGAAGAAGAACUUGUGCUCCUUCUUUAAACGAACGUCAUUUGCAGGUACUUUGUUUUUAGAUGUUUCCACCCUAACAGCUAAGAUGAUUAUCUCACUGCCAGCGAGUUUAUGUUGUCAAGAUUCUUCCCAUAGCAAAUUUCAGUAGCUGCCCAGUAAAUGAAAUGUUAGAACUGAUUUACUUUGCAAGCCUAGUUGAAAAAAAAAACACUCAUCCAAACAGCAGAACAUUAGAUCUAAAGUGUGUCUGAACAGGAUACACAAAAAUAACUUUAGAUUUUAACAUAUUGCACUGGUGUAAUGUGUUUGUUUGACAACAGACUAAAGAUUUCCCAAAGUCUGAAUAAUACAAAGAGUAAAGUGAAGUAGGUGUGUGUGUGUGUAGACUGAUAUCUGCUCUAGUCAGCAAGGAGCACUCAGACACACAGGGUCUUACAGGUGCACUUCUCUUUGAUUUUGCAGCCUGCUGUAUGUUGCAUGGCUGCAGGGAUGGGGCAAAACUUCCCGGAUGCUUUGAGGUUUAUUACAGGCUGCCUUAUUGUACUCUUUGCUAACUCAGUAUAAAGACUUCCUGUGAACACUACUGACUGACAAAUGAGAACGUUGGGAUGUUGCUCAUCAGUCUGACAGGUCGGAAACAAACCUCCAGCCUUCUCACAGAACCAAAGGGAACAGGAACAUUUGAAUCUUGGCUGAAAAAAUGGAACAAUUAGCAGCUGAAGAGCAGCUGAACAUUUGCCUCAAAAGACCUAGAAGAUGAGUGAAUGUUUAACUUGACAGUUGUCCAGUGAAAUGAAUGCUGAUGUUUCUAUGUUUUCAUUGGAUGCGCAAAUUGCCAUGAUCAUUUUAUUUGAGGUGGGGUUUUUUGUUUUUCGUUGAGCUGCUUGUAAUGCUCCCUUGUCCUUAAGUGGUCAAAUAAGCAUUGCGGUGUAUUUUCUGAUGGGUUUUUGGCUGUUAUGUGAGCGAGCAUUUGCCAGUUUUCACAUCAGAAGUUACAGAGCAACAUUAGCAUUCACGUGGAGUCUUCAUGGACACAUUGUUCAUUUUAGCCAUUUGAAGGAAUCAUUCGAUCAUCUUAGUAGUCUGAGUGAGUGUUGGCCGUGUUGCUGGGUCACGUAGUCCUGUGCUGUGCUGUAACACAUGCAGUCCAUUAAUGUCGCAUGUGAUUUCAGUGAAUAGCACUAAAGCAGCAAAUAGCAGCCAGUCACUUCACUGUCUGGUUUCAGCAGCAGCUCUGUACUCAGAGUAGACCCCACCACUCUUAUCUACCCACUUUGUCAACAGUUGCCUCCCACAUACUGUUCCUGCUAGGGUUAGACUGACAUAUGGAGUUGAUGUGGGUCUUUUUUUUAAUAAAUAUUACAUAUCGUCCCGCCACAAGGAGGGUUCCACAGCAUGUUUUUGACGUGUUUAGACAACUUAAGCUGUUUGCUUUGUGAAGGAGUCACUAGAGGUGUAGCUGCCAGAAACUGCUUGGUUGUGACAUUUUUGAAAAUAGUAAAGUUAAUGCCAAGCAGGAUGGAGUAAUGUGAAGGAAAAUGGUUUUGACUGAAGAUGAGAGCUGAAGUUUUUGGUCUGACUUUAGCCCCUUUAUUCUGAGAAUUCAGGUCAAAAUUGUGAUUUCACUUUCUGUUGUUGUAAAGGCACAAAAAGGCAAGAAAUAUUGAAAGACUAAAUGAGGGAAUAGAUAGUUGCAUUUCCAUGGUAAAGGACUGGACCACCAGUGGGUCUUGAGUUCACAAUUCUGGGAUUAAAGUAGUAUUGAAGUCUAAAUGUAGGUAUUAAAAUAUGAAUUUAAAUUGUAGCUUUCAUCAGUCCCUCUGCCUGUGCUGUUCCUGUGCUCUAGCAUGCUGGGGACAGCAGGGGUUCACUCAGAAGGGUUGUCAGUCAAACAGUCACACAGUGCUCACAUAACAGUCAGCUCACCUGUGUUACUGCAAAUGUUUUCUUAUUUAAUUUUCAACUUUUCAUUCCGAAGAAUUUUGUGUCAGUUGUAAAACUUCUGUCUGCAGUCUGAUUGUCCGUUGACAAAGACUUUUUCCAGAAAGUUCUAUGGUGUGUUUGAUCAUCAACUUCGGCUGCGUGCUGUUGGUUUUUCUGUUAUGUUAAGGUUUAAGUACUGGUUCCAGUGAAAUGUGGGUGGACUCUGACAGUUCAUUUGUCAUCUUGGAAGAAGUGGCUCAGUUUGACUGAUCCAUGUGUUCCAUGCAAUUUAAUUUGAAGAAUGAACUGUCCAGGCCAAGUUUUAAAGCCACACACACCAAGUCCCAGAGAUACUCAGGUCAUGACAAGUUUCAACAUCAGAACUACUUCCACGGAUGGAACCCAUGUGAUACAGUGAAGAGGAAGAAAGGAAGUGGACCUGGAGUUAAAAUGGUGAACUUCUGUUUUGUGAGUCAACUUCACAAGAAAUAGGACAUGACCUUCAUCCUCUUCUACAGGCAGCAGCAUCAUCCUUCACAGAGCUGUAUCAGCAGAUGACAGGGACAGGUUUCUGCUGUACUGGGAUCAGCUGUUUGCUUACAUGCCUGAACCUGAGGAAGCAAACAGUAAUAUCUUUCAGAGUGCUGUAUUUGUUUUCCUUUGCAAUCUUUAUUUUCUAUGAGAAUAUUAUCACAGAUGUAUAUCUGCUGAAGCUUCAUAGAACCUACAGGAGCGAACACUGGGCUCAUAACUGCCGCUCCGCCCUCCUCCGGCCGCCUCUUACCACACACCCUCUGCUGCUGCUCCUCAUCCAACACUUUCUGUUCAGCCUUUAUCUACUUUCAUGUUCCUUUUACUUCUUAAACGUUCUCUCCCUCCUCCUUGCCUGCACCUUAAACCCAGCAAUUCCAUUCAACUGAGAACUUUCACGUAAAACUUUAUGGAGAUUUGUUUUGAUUUGUUUUCACCUGUAAAUAAUUGUACAAAGGAAAUACUGUCAGUUUGCUAGGAGGCAUGGAGACUACAAAUGUAACAAAUUACAAAAUGUUCAAAAUACAGACAGACAUUUUGAUAGGCAGACUUCUGAGAAAAAAGUUGAGUGUAAAAAUAUUUAAGGCUGUAUUAUAAGGAGAAAGAGCUUAAUGUAUUUGUUGUGAAUAUGAAAAACUGAUAUAUUAAAGAAGUGCAUGAAAACUGUA